UUUAUUUAAAAAGAUGUUUGUUUUAAAACUGUAAUUUCACAUGUCAGAAUUUGAAGUCGACAUUUUAAAUGUUAAAUUGUUAUGACUUAAAGGAUAGAGGAUAAAUAAAAAUUUUGACAUUGGCCAAAUAUUCUACAAUUCCAGUUUCAAUUUAGCCAGAGCAUAGAAGAAAGGGCAGAGGAACCAUAAUUCAACUUUUAUAAACUAACCUGAAAAGUGAGAACUACAGUAAAGUUUUCAAACCUUAUGACACCAAGUGCAUUUGAAUACUAUUUUCUUCAUAAAGAACAAUGGUAAACAUUAAAGAUGCUGCACUCGCAUACAAAACUUUAAAUGGAAUUAUUUGUGUUUAUAAACCAUCCUGCGUUAGUGUGCGUCAAGUUCAGAAUACAAUUUUAACUCAUUUAUGUAGAGAUUUAAACUCCUUACCCGACCGACAGCUUGAAAAACGGGUUGAGAUUAUCGGUGCAACAAAUGAACCAAUGCAAGUUAAAUUGGCACCAAAUUAUGCAGAUCAUCCACUUGCAUGUGGUCCACGAUACAUAAAAGAAGACUUCCGAUGCAGUUGGGCCACUCAUUUAGGCUUAUUUAGUAGUGGGGUUUUAUUGUUAGGGAUCAAUGAUGGAACAAAACUUACAUACCAAAUAAAUACAGCGAGACCAACAAGGGCAUUCAAAGUACACGGGCAGUUUGGAAAAGCAACGGAUACAUAUUUUUGGAAUGGACGGACAAUGGAACGAGCUUCUUACAAACAUGUUACAAGGGAAAAACUAGAUAGAGUUGUAGCUCAUAUACAGGCCGCUCAUCAGAAAACUAUGUUCGAAUUAUCAGGUCUUCAUAUGGAGUCCCAAACAGCUUAUGACUUGGCAUCACAGGGUCUCAUAAGACCAGCUAACAGUAAAUUACCGAUCAUUUAUGGAGUCAAAUGUGUGCAUUUCGAUUCCCCCAAUUUCACGUUAGAGAUUCAGUCAGUGAAUGAAUAUGAUAAAUAUUUGUGGACUCUAGUCCAUGAUUUAGGCAUUCAAUUGAAGACAGCAGCUCACUGCACAGGGUUGCAGUGUAUCAGACAAGGACGGUUCAAUCUACAAUUAGCACUGUUAAGAAAACACUGGCAACUCAAUCAUAUAUUAAAUAAUAUGGAUCAGUGUCGCCAACUGUUAGAAGAAAAUGAAAACUUAUUGAAGCCUAAAUCAGCCCAUCUAACUGUUUGAUAAUUUUUUUCAACAUUUUUCAUAGCAAUAUUAGAUUAUGUAAAAUAAAGAUGUUAUUGUAAACAUUAUGUGAAACAAAUAAAAACAAACUUCACUUUA